AACCUACCUGCUCUGGCCUGAAAGUAGGAGCUUUCCUCGGGGCUGGGGACCGAGGCCAAGACGGAGCCGGCCCUCUUGGCUUCUCCGCCCGUUCCGCUUCCGCAGCGUCGAGGAGGCCGAGAGAGGGACCAGGCGGAGGGCUUGAUCAAGUAAUCGUUCCUGUACAACAGGUCACUUGUUCACCUGUGAUAAGGAUCUCCUCCAGACCACCAGUGUCUUGUUUUGUUUUUGUUUUUCUGGAAUGGUUCAAGUUUUUGUAAACGUUUGUGUGAAGCAAGAAGAGAAAAGAUGGCAUCAACAAAACAAAAGAUGAGUAAGAGCAAGGAUGAUGUUCCCCAUGAGCUAGAGAGCCAGUUUAUACUGAGACUCCCUCCGGAAUACGCAUCUACUGUGCGGAGGGCAGUUCAGUCUGGAAGUGUCAACUUGAAGGACAGGGUCACCAUUGAACUCCAUGCAGAUGGCCGCCAUGGGAUUGUGCGAGUUGACCGUGUCCCAUUAGCUGCUAAGCUGGUGGAUUUGCCCUGCAUCAUUGAGAGCUUAAAAACCAUUGAUAAGAAAACAUUCUAUAAGACUGCAGAUAUUUGUCAGAUGCUUGUAUGCACUGUCGAUGGGGAACUCUAUCCUCCUGUGGAAGAGCCAGUUGUAAGUACUGAUCCAAAAGCCAACAAGAAGAAGGACAAAGAUAGAGAAAAGAAGUUCAUCUGGAAUCAUGGCAUUACUCUCCCACUGAAGAAUGUGAGGAAGAGACGGUUCAGGAAGACAGCUAAGAAGAAGGCUCCAGGAGAAAGACAGUGGCAGUACAUUGAGUCUCCAGAUGUGGAGAAGGAGGUGAAACGCCUGCUGAGCACAGAUGCUGAAGCUGUCAGUGUCCGCUGGGAAGUCAUUGCUGAAGAUGAAACAAAAGAAGCUGAUAACCAUGGUUCUCUCACCAGUCUGGAUAUUUCUUCUCCCAGGAUGUCUGGACACAAGCAAGGCCAUGGCUCUUUGGUAGAACAUGAUGAACUCCGGGAAUUAUUUAAGGAUGUCAGCAGCACUAGCAGUGAUGAAGAUGAGCGGGAUCGUCAUGAUGAUGAAGACUUGAACAUUAUGGACACAGAAGAAGAUUUGGAGAGGAGGCUGCAGGGCAAGAUGAAUGAAACCGAUGGACAGCAGCAAGAAAAUGAAGGGGCCAACCAGAUAGCUAUGGGAAUCCAGAAACAGAUUGACAACCUGAAAGGCAAGCUGCAGGAGACCCAGGAGCGCAGGAAGCGCCAAGAAGAUCUCAUCAUGAAAGUAGAGAACCUGGCACUCAAGACCCGCCUCCAAGCUGUGUUGGAUGAGUUCAAACAGCAGGAGGAACGAGAGAAGCAACAGCUGGCCUCUCUCCAAGAACAACUGGAAGCCCUUAUGGAGAAGUGAGGUUACAUCUAAACCUCCAAGCAGUGCAACUGUGAAAUCCAUUGAAGGGUUCCGGAAUGUUUCUUUUGUCACAUUUUCCAAUUUUUGAUUCAUUGGGAUCCAUCACUAAAAAGCAAAUCUUGGCGACUACAAGGUUUUUUCCUUGGUCCAAAGCUGGGACCAUAUGGUAUCUUAUGGCUUGACAGACUGGACAUUCAGACAGAAAUUACACAUAUUUUGGAAAGGGGAAAGAUCUUUGGAGCACAAAGGUUGUUAAUAUUUUAAUGCAAAAAUGCUUGUGCUGUAUUCUUGGUCUCUUAAAAAAACAUUAAUCUUUCUUGCUUUUUCAUAACCCAGAAUGCAACACUCAUAAUGUUUUUAAUGUGUUCUGAACUUAACAUGGCAUGAAAUGAGUUCUUGUUGGGAAGACUUGGGCUAUGCCAAAGGCUGAACUCCCCAAAUCUCUUACUGUUGACCAUGCUGGGCAGGCUGAAGGGCAUUAUAAGCCAAAACAUUUGGCGGGCCAAAGCUUUGCUGCUGAAGUAUUGCUUAAACAAUGGGGGACAACAGUGUUCACAUCCUAACCCUCCUUUCUGUAUUAACAUUUUUUAAAUUGUCUGUGAAAAGGUUUCUUCUAAGAAAUAAAAUGAAAUUAAGUUA